UUUGCACAUGCUUGGUGUCCUCGUAUCUACCCGAAAACUAUCUGCGAGGCCUGGCAAAGCGGCCGAAUGCUCGCCUCGCCUUGUGUUGAAAAUCCACGACGACGCGUCUUGGAUUUUCUCACAACAAUCGUGGCUUCCGUAUCAGAGCAUGAAGCAGCAGCAGCAGCGGCUCUACCCUUUGUGGCCGAGUUUAUGCCCAGCUUCAUUCUUCACUACCAGCGAGAGGACGGAGGUCCGUGGUACGAGCACAGGACACGAACUUCGGAAAGGGUAAGCCCUUGUUCAUAA